CUUUCUUCAAUUCAAUUUGCCUCAUCUCCACCAGAAAGCCUGAAUACAAAAAUAUAAGAUGGAGUGGGGCUCCCUAGAACUCACACUCAUUUCGUGCAGGGGUCUCAGAGCCUUCAAUUUUUUCCAGAAGCUUUCAGUCUACUCUGUUGUAUAUAUUGUGGAUGAAGAGCAGAACAGGAAAGAGCAACAACAAAAACGUCUGCAGUGUCAGAAAACGCCCAUCGCCAGACGUGAAGGAGGGAACCCUGAAUGGAAUCACCUGUUUCACUUUGAUCUCAGAAGCUUAUCUCAUGAUCACCGUGAUAAUCUUUUUCUCAGGUUCGAUUUGCGAUGUGAAGGGUUGGUAAAUAGAACUAUUGGCGGAGUUCGGGUUCCAAUGAAGGACCUCAUAGAUGAGUUCGAUAAGGCUUUGAGGUUUGUGAGUUAUCAGGUGAGAAGCUGUGAUGGAAAGGCUAAUGGGGUGCUGAAUUUUUCAUACAAGUUGGUCGGGAGCACCAAAAAGGUAGUAAAGAACCACACUGGAUUCCAAUUUCUGGCUGAGAAAGUUCAUUACCCCAAGCUGGAGGAUGAUGAUGAGUACUCAGGGAGCAUCAAGUAUCCUUCCCUGGAUGAUUUUUACUCUCCUGCUCCGCAACAGUCUUAUUUCCCUUCUCCAGUGCCGGCUUUAGAGUGCCAGAGACAUGGGUUUUACAGACCAUCCCUGGCUGACGUACCGCCGCCUUACUGGGUGGCCCAUGGAGCCUACUCAGCAUCAAUUCUACAGCCUCAUGGACCCUAUUACUCCGGUCCACACGGACACUAAGGAUUGGGGAAAAUCAGGGGUUAGAACAGAUGGUUUCCCACCGUGUUCUUAGAGUGCAUUAAGGAUCUUUGUGUCAUAUGCGAUUGUAGUAGUUUCCUUUUGAUUUUGGUUUACUGGUUGAAAAGUUGAUCAUAUGCUGUAUUUUCUUUUUAAGGCUAUAUUAUUAAUAUCUUCUAGGCAUUUAGUCUAUUACUAAAAUAUCUAAAUUUUU